CAAGUACCAGUCUCGCCGUCGAUACCGACAGUUUUUUCAAAUCGGCCAGUGAGUGUGCGUACAGUUCCACCAUGCUAGGAAAGUUCGUUUUGUUUGUUCUGUGUGCCAUCAGUGCGAUUCAAUUGUGCAGUGGUUCCGCCAUACCGAUGUGGGAGUACUUGAAAAAGGAGGAGAAGAUGUCCUACAUUUACUCGAUGUUCGCCAAUCAAGUCGAGGACUUCUGCGCCUCGUUGACGAUGCCCAACUGCAACCAGGAGUUCCUCAAGUACGGCCUCGGCAAGCUGAGGGACAUGUCCGAGGACCACCUGGACAACAUGGACCCGUACCAACGGGGCGCCAACAAUAUAAUCUGGGAAUCGAUGAUGUCCGGCCACGAGAUGGUGAAAACGACCCCGAAACCCCGCCAGACCACGACCGCCAAGCCGAACAGCUACGACGACGAGUCCUUCGGCGACGACUUCGAUUUCGGCUCGCAGGGAAGCGCUUCCGCCAAAAUCGACAACGUCUACCGGGUACCGCCGCCGAAAGGCUUCGUCUACAAGGCGGAAUCGGGCACUCCGCAGUACACUUACCCGCACAACGUCGUGUCGUACCUGAGCCAGUUCGACAAGUCGAGGACCCAGAAGGGCGCCUACACCAGGUUCCAGGAGCAGCACAGUACCACCACCACCACCACCACGACCACCGAAAGGGCCCCCGUCUACUAUCAGGUGCCUUUAACCGGACCGAUGGUUGUGAGGGUGUACCCCGACGGUACUCCCGUCAGGGAAACAGAACCUUUACCUCAGGACGACGACCUGAGGCAGUACCAGUGGUCCAGGAUCAAGUUGCCCAGCUUCUAAAAAAUGCAAUUUUGACUGUACACGUGAAUUAGCUUUAGAUCUCACCUUUAAGUUAUUGCAUUUUUGCGGUACCACCGAGUACUGAUGUAAAUAUUUUUGCACUUUUGACAAAUUAAUGUGAUAUUGUAACUUGUAUAUAUUUAUUGUCCGUGUGGGUGUGCGUUUUGUAUGAAUGUAAUUUAUAUUUAUUAUUUAUAAGUUUUAUGUUAUCACGUUCAGUGAUUUUAGUAUCCAGAUUUUCUGGAAGAAAUUCCUAAAUCUUUGUGUGAUUUUUAUUAUGAUAAUUAUAUUAAUAUAUGCUUUUUUAUAAAUGCC